CCCUUUCAACGUCAAGUGGCGAUUUGCCUUAUCAACAGUGAAGAGUUCUAUAGGGAGUCGCAAAAAAAAAAAACCUGCAAAUUAAAAAUUGCUUACUCGACAACUUUUGCAAAAACGGAGAGCUCUUCAAUCGCUGUGUAGCACUGAUACUGAACUAUAUCUAUAAGGAGCUAAAACUAGGGAACAACUUUAGGGUAUUACCGAACCUAUGUCCGAAAGAUAAGGAGGUAAGCACCUGGCCGAAUGGCGAAAUUGUUUAACAAACGCGACGAAAAAAACUCUUAAAAGACUUUAAAUCGAAUUCGACCAGUUAGUUUUGAUUUUGCACGCCAGAAGUGCGGUUGAAGAGUGAACAAAAAAUAAUCAAUAUGAUUGGAAUAUACCUAUUGAUCAGUGCGGUCACACUGCUAUUUGUCUAUUUGAAGUGGACAUUUAGCUACUGGGAUCGCAAGGGUUUUCCCUCCACCGGAGUCAGCAUUCCUUUUGGUGCCCUGGAAUCCGUGACGAAAGGAAAACGAUCCUUUGGAUUGGCCAUACACGAUUUGUACCAAUCGACUAGGGAACCCGUAGUCGGAAUGUAUCUCACUGUAAGACCAGCUCUCCUGGUUAGAGAUGCUCAAUUGGCUCACGAUGUGCUGGUGAAAGACUUUGCCAGUUUCCACGAUCGUGGUGUUUAUGUAGAUGAAAAGAACGAUCCCAUGUCCGCCAAUUUGUUUGCCAUGGAAGGGGCUAGUUGGAGGGCCCUACGCAACAAGCUGACUCCGUCUUUUACCUCCGGAAAACUUAAGGCCAUGUUCGAGACCUCCAAUUCCGUUGGAGACAAGUUAAUAGCCAACAUAAAGGCACAACUACCUGAGACGGGCAUCAAAGAGCUGGAUAUCAAGAGUCUAACGUCAACCUAUGCUAUUGAUAUUAUUGCAUCGACUAUUUUCGGCCUUGAUGUUGAUAGCUUUGCAGAUCCUAACAAUGAGUUCUUCGCUAUUAGCAAGAAGCUCAAUCGCAACACUUUUCAGGAUAUUGUUCGGGGCGCAACGUCAUUCCUUUAUCCGGGUUUGGAGAAGUUUUUUGUGAAAAUUGGCUGGAAACAGGAGGCAUUUGAACGAAUGCGUGAACUAUCCAAUCGCACCGUCGACCUUAGGGAAAAGAACAACCUAGUGCGUAGGGAUUUGUUGCAACUCCUUCUACAACUGCGCAACCAGGGAAAGAUCAAUACUGAUGAUUCCGUUUGGUCAGCGGAGAGUACUAAAAAUGGCGUAAAAUCUAUGUCCAAGGACCUUGUUGCCGGACAGCUCUUACUCUUCUACGCAGCUGGUUUUGAAACGACGGCGUCCACAACGUCCUUCACUUUGUACGAGCUCACCCAAAAUCCUGAGGUGAUGGCGAAAGCAAAGGAGGAUGUACGCAGUGCCAUCGAAAAGAACGGUGGAACACUUAACUAUGAUGCCAUUUCGGACAUGAAGUACCUGGAGGCCUGUGUCUUGGAGACCGCUCGGAAAUACCCCGCACUUCCACUGCUAAACAGAAUCUGCACUCAGGAUUAUCCAGUGCCCGAUAGCAAGCUGGUAAUCAAGAAGGGAACACAAAUUAUAAUCUCCCUUUUAGGACUGCAUCACGAUGAAGAUAACUUCCCCGAUCCGCUAAGCUAUCAGCCAGAACGUUAUCUGGAAGAUAACAAAAACUACAACCAAGCGGCUUACUUGCCUUUUGGGGAGGGUCCAAGAAUGUGCAUCGGCGCCCGCAUGGGAAAGGUCAAUGUAAAGAUAGCGAUUGCCAAGGUUUUGUCAAAUUUCGAUCUGGAGAUCUGCAAGGAAAAGCGUGAGAUUGAAUUUGGAAUUCAUGGAGUAACGCUGAUGCCCAAGAAUGGCAUUCCCAUUCGAUUCUCCCUCAAAAAGUAGCCGACAUAUCUAGAUAAUAAAGCUGAAUUUUGUACACAAUAAAAUUGGAUAAACAUUUCAUUUUAAUUUAAACUCGUCUAA